AUGGCGCUCAAAUUGAUUUGCGGUCAGAGUUCAAGGGGCUCUCGUACUGGGAUGUCUAUGAUGUUUGUUGUGUGGACGGGUUUUCUAUUCUUAACUAUUGUAUCAGAAUCGGACCAAUCUACUGAACAAAAAUGUUCCAGUCUAACUUUGGGAUAUAAAGAAGAAGUCUCAUUUAAUUCUAAAGAGCCACAAGAGGCUGAGAGAUUUGCCAAUCAUUGGCACUGUUACUGUUACGAAGGACAAGUACAGUAUCUACAUCUUCUCUGGUCCAACCCAGUGAUCAAACUUCAGUUUGCUAACAACACAAUACCAGAACAGUUCUUCAAAAUUAAUGGGGAUUCUGAGGAGGAAAUCUGGAAAAAGAAAGAUGCCCCCAACCCAUUUCUCAGCUUAAUUCAGCGAUUCAAUCUUAUCUUCAACAAGGAUAGAGAGGACGUAUCACUGAAAGCAUUUAACAAGAGUUGUGUGGCAGUGCAAACAGAUUCAUCUUACAGUCUCUCUUUCAGUGUUAAGUAUGUUGAACUGUGGUAUGUAGCAUACCUGACUGCUGGUAUCGUUAUCUUCUUAUCAGGCAAGAGCUGGAGUCAUAAUACCUAUCUACACUAUAGUACUGGGGUAACUAUAGGUGUAAUGGCGUCCAUUAUAUUCCUCCUGAUAUUUCUCAGAAGACUGUUUCCUGAGAGUCUUCGAAAGGUCAGCUACCUUAUGAUUGCAGCUGCUACUUCAACAUCUGUCUGGUUCUGGACAUAUUUCCUGAAUCAGAUUUUUGACCCAGUUACGGGUACACUGAUUCAGUAUUGGCAGUAUAUUUUGGGCUAUGUCAUCUUGACAGGCCUGAUUAGUUUCUGUGCCUGCUACAGGUACGGCCCAGUGACAGACACUCGCAGCCUCAAUCUUAUACAGUGGUUUAUACAACUGAUUGGACUGUUUCUAGUGUACCAGGGAACACAGAUCCCUGAGUUAUCAGUGGCCAUCAUCGUUGUGUUAGUGACACUGUACAAUAUUCCUAAAGGAUUUUAUCGAAAUAGAUUUACCUACUAUCUUAGGUUCAAGUUUUUCACACCUAAACGGAAGUUUCUGACUGAAGAAGAGUAUAACAAACAGGCCAAUGAGGAGACUAAGAAGGCACUAGAUGAAUUGCGUAGCUUCUGUCAGAGCCCUAAAUGUGACACGUGGAAAGUUGUUAGUCUUCUGUCCACACCAACAAAGUUUGCCAAAUUUGUGGAGGGGGAUUCUUGGCACGUUACAGAUGAGGAACUACUGGAAUACGACAGUGGGCCAGAACCAUUACCACCAGGAGACCUAGAUUCUUCAGAUGAGGAGGAUGAAAUGGACUUCAUACUGAGUUCACCUUAAAUUUCAUAUUCCAAAUGCACAACAUGAUGUAUUAGAAGUAUUCAUGAAACAUGUGGACUCCCAUGUUCAACUCAAGACACCUUACCACCAUUGUUCAUUAAUUUCCUCAGAGACGAAAAAAAAUGGAGUGGUUCUCCAAGGCUUUGAACUUCAUAUCAACCUUUAGCUUUUGUACUUGUUAAGAUAAAUGAAAUAUGACUUGGAUGUGAUGAGAGGUAGCUGUUAGUUUUGAGAGAAGAAAUUUGUCAGGCAGUAAGCCCAUGCCAUGUAUUAAGCCCACCCAAAGUAAACAAAAGAAAAACAGCUCCUUGUUUGUUAAGUUUGGAAAUUUCUUUAUAUUUCACUUUAAAAUCAUGAAAUUUAAUUUCUUGUAGCUUUAAAUGUUAUGUUUGGAGUAUUGUACAUAUCUAGCAUAAGGCUGCUCAGUAACAUUGAUGUUGUAUGGUUUAUCUACAACUCCAAGCUUUAACCUUACUGUUUAUAUAUAUUGAUAUUUAAACAGCUAAGUGUAUUAAUGACUAGGACCCGGGGUGGGGGUGGGGAAGGAGGCACAGUGUCCCUCAAUGUCUUAAUCGUUGCAAUCCUGAUGAACCUGCUCUCUUUGGAUAAAAAUGUAAACAAGAGGUCUUACUUGGGUAAUCCAUGUAAUAAAGCUGAUAGUAGUAAGUCAGACACAGGAGGUUCUUUUCAAAUCAAGGGCAAGCUGUUAUCAGAACCAUAAGUGUACAUUUUAUUGUUUAAGUAUUUGUUAAAUAAGGGAGUGCAUAAGUAUCAUCACAUCGUCAAAUUAGAACUGAACUUGAACAAGAAUUAAUGAUUAUAUAGUAAAUGGUUUACAUAUGAGAUUGAUGGAAUAAACCGUCCCCAUGUUAAGUGUGUGUAGAUAGAAUGUAGGACUCACUUAUAGGAUUAAUAGAUCAACUAUCCCCAUAGUUGAGUGUGUAUUAUAGCAUAUAAGUUGUGUUAACAUCAUGUAUAAAUGCUUUUCCUAUACAGUUUUUGAAUGAUUUUUCACUAAAUUGAGUGUGUGUAUAUAGCAUGUGUAAUGGUUGAAUGAUUUUUCACUUAGUUGAGCGUGUGUAAAUAGCAUGAGUAAUGGUUGAAUAACUUUUCACUAAGUUGAGUGUGUGUAAAUAGCAUGUGUAAUGGUUGAAUGACUUUUCACUUAGUUGAGCGUGUGUAAAUAGCAUGUGUAAUGGUUGAAUGACUUUUCACUAAGUUGAGUGUGUGUAAAUAGCAUGUGUAAUGGUUGAAUGACUUUUCACUAAGUUGAGUGUGUGUAAAUAGUAUUAGUGUAAAUGGUAUGUGUGUGUAUAUUGUUUGCCUUGUCAUUGAUAGUACUAGUAUCAUUACUCAGUUUGUGUUGAUAGUUCACUAGCUAUUGUUAGGAAACAUGUCGCCCCUUGUGAUGUUAGAAUUGUUUAUCUGAUUAUUAAUAUUAUCUCUGGCAGAGUGCUGCUCUCCUAUUUAAAAUUGUUAUCCCCGAUUUCAAGAGUGCUUCUUCAUAUUUUUUUCAAUUCAGAAAUGCUUUCCCUGGGUAUAGUUCUUAUGUUUUGUCUAUACCAUUUUUGUUAUUGAUAAUGAAUGAAUCUUAGUACUGGUAGUCAGUAAUAGUCAAUGUUUGUAGUGGCUCCAGUCACAUCGAACAGAUGCUAACUUUCUGAGGUGACAGUAUUGGGUGACAGUAUGGUGGUGACACUGGUGCUAUGUAAUGAUUUGUAGUGGUUCCUGAGCAUCUUUUACACCUGAUAGACUCCUUUGAAGACUUGGGUUUUGUAGUCAGUAAUGGUCACAAGAAUCAAAAGUCCAUAUAUACAAUCAGUAUAAGAUUUAAGUAUGACGCUUCAAAUGAUUACAAGGUCACCUUCAUCAGACAAAUGACCAGUGUGAUGCAUACUAGCACUGAUGUACAAAAUCAUAAAGAGUCUCACUGGUCAUUUGUCUGAUGACCACAAAGUCAUCAAAGCAUCACACUUAAAUCUUCUACUGGUUGUGUUUUCGGAACUUCUAUUCUAUUGAUAUUACCAAUUUGAAGAAAAAUUUUCCAAAGUGAUGGUCACUUUUGGUGGUGGCUUCGGAGUACCUGCCACAUCUGACUGAUGCCAACUUCCUGAUGUGACAGUGGGUAAAGACAGGGGUUUUGUGGUCAGUAAUUGAUUCUUCUCCUUCAUCAUAUUCAUAGCUCCAACUUGUCAAGACAUACUAGAUUGAUCUCUUUGGAGAAUUUGUUUUGUGUAUAGCUCCAACUUGUCAAGACAUACUAGAUUGAUCUCUUUGGAGAAUUUGUUUUGUGUAUAAAGCCAUUGUUUCUUUGAGACAAUAAUUUCACAUUUUCACUCAGCGCCUGUUAGAGUUACCGUGAAUGUACUUACUAUAAUACAUUUCUUUUUGGUAAAUUGGGUCAAUAAUUAAUUUGCACACAGUAGUAACAUUUUAGUGCAAAAUUUUCGCUAUGAAAAGUGCUAAUAUAAGAUCAUUGCUAAAAUAUGUGUGUUUACAGCAUAGAUCUUUUGAGCAGAUGUGGCUCAGGAAUUUUUUAAUGCUUCCCCGUGUCUAUAUAGCAAUGUAAAGAUCUCAGCAUAAUGUUUCAGUAUUUAUAUUUAACACAGUUUUUAGUACUAAGUCAAUAUUGAACUAACUAUUUCUGUUUUAGUGCUGUAAUCAGUAUAGUGUUUACAUUGAUUUUUGAAUCUAUAAGUUACCUUUUCACUUAAAUCUGUGUACAGAGUAGAUUUGUUGUAUUCAUGUGUAG